GCCGAGUCGUUCGUGUUCAUGAGCACGGCAGGAGCGAACCGGCACAGGCAAGACCGGGAGGAGAAAGACGUGCCGGUGGACGGCGAAAAAACCCGCAAACCACGGAAUGAAACAUACUGCUGUCUGUUUCUCAGAUCCCUGCUAUCACUCACUUAAUGUUCCUUGUUCUGCACAUCCUCAUAGCUAGAGUCUGACGUACUGAAGUGCUGAUCGAUUCGACGGAGGGAGUCUGUUGUGACUGUCCGCCCGCUUCAUUGCCUGGGGAAGGAAGACUGUUAUUUCAGUGACCCCGGUGCUUGAGAAGAGGCGUGUGUGACCAUAGUGUGUGAGCGGCUCUCCCUAUGUGUGUCACAAUGGGGGACAUCAGUGACCUGGACCGACAGAUAGAGCAGCUCAGACGCUGUGAGCUCAUUAAGGAAAAUGAAGUCAAAGCACUGUGUGCCAAAGCCAGAGAGAUUCUGGUUGAAGAAAGUAAUGUCCAGAGAGUGGACUCUCCUGUCACAGUGUGUGGUGAUAUACAUGGUCAGUUCUAUGACUUGAAAGAGCUGUUUAGAGUUGGUGGUGAUGUCCCGGAGACAAAUUAUCUCUUCAUGGGUGACUUUGUGGACAGAGGCUUCUACAGUGUGGAGACUUUCCUUCUUCUGUUAGCUCUUAAGGUGCGUUAUCCAGACAGGAUAACCUUGAUUCGGGGAAACCACGAGUCCCGGCAAAUCACCCAGGUCUACGGCUUCUACGACGAGUGUCUCCGCAAAUAUGGCUCAGUCACCGUCUGGAGAUACUGCACUGAGAUAUUUGACUACUUGUCCCUCUCUGCUAUCAUUGAUGGCAAGAUCUUCUGUGUGCACGGUGGCUUGUCUCCAUCCAUCCAGACACUGGACCAAAUUCGAACCAUUGACAGAAAACAGGAAGUACCCCAUGACGGGCCUAUGUGUGACCUCCUGUGGUCAGAUCCUGAAGAUACCACAGGGUGGGGGGUGAGUCCCAGAGGUGCUGGCUACUUGUUUGGGAGCGACGUGGUAGCCCAGUUCAACGCUGCCAACGACAUCCACAUGAUCUGUCGAGCACACCAGCUGGUCAUGGAGGGCUACAAGUGGCACUUCAAUGAGACGGUGCUCACUGUGUGGUCAGCUCCCAAUUACUGCUACAGAUGUGGCAACGUGGCGGCCAUCUUGGAGCUGGAUGAGCAUCUACAGAGGGAGUUCAUCAUAUUUGAGGCAGCGCCACAAGAGACCAGAGGCAUCCCCUCCAAGAAGCCAGUAGCCGACUAUUUUCUGUGAAGUCUGAGCAGACAGCCAUGAUGUGUCGAAAUCUCCGGUACCAUUUCUCACCAGCCACCCUCCAUCCUGCUGCUGGACGGUUCUGUCAGUCUGAACUCAGAGCAGUUAGACAGAAAACCUGCCAAACCCCGCGAAGCUCCAUAUAGCUUCAGCCUGAAGAGCUGGAUUUUUGCCCCACUGCCCAAGCCUGACAGAGCAGUCACUGUGAAAGGUGUCGAGGGCGCGGUGGAUACUGGGCCCAUGACUGUUGUCACUUCUCCUCAGAUAAAUAAAAUGGCCAUUUUCUUUCUCCUUUUGGCCUCCUUCCAUUUCAGUCUGUUCUCCUCCUCUCCCACUCCUCUGUAGAUAUGACACGCUCCCUCCCUGACUUUACCCCCGCCUUGACCUGUAUUAUUUUUUCAUGACAGACGUUGUCAUUUAGCUUUAGAAGUCUUCGGAAGGAGUUUUUUUUCCCCAAAAAAUAUGCAGAUGUAGGGAAGUUUCACAAUUUCAUCAUUUAAGGAAUUCCUUCAAAUGCAUAUGUUGUCUUUAUUUUUGAUUUUUGUAUGAUUGUUGCUGCCAUUAUUAAAUGCAAAAUGACCUGUUCCCUCACCCCUUUUUUUGCUCUUAUGUUUCUGUUUAACUGUCAUGUGUGUCACUAUUUAACAUACCCAGUGCUGCUGCUCAGCACCUUCACAAAUAGAUACCAGAAAUGUAAUGACUGGCCAACAGCAGUCACGAUAUUCACCAAUUGUUUUCUCUCUUAAUUCCUUUUAAUCUACAAAUCUCUAGGUCUGUCAUUUUUGAUAUUGUGAGAAUAAAGUUUUUGUAUCAAUGCUGA